GAGCAGAGGUUGCCCAGCACUGGGAACCAGCAGCUAAGUCCAAAGCAAGCUGCGGCAGAUACUGCUGGGCCCCAUGGCUGAGGAGGCCCUGAAGGAGACGGGGCUGGGCAAAAGGGCUGCUCCCCAGGAUGACUUGGGCCUCCAGGACAGUGUGUUCUCCUCUGAAAGUGACAACAGCCUGUACUUCACCUACAGCGGCCAGUCCAACACCUUGGAGGUCCGAGGUCUCACCUACCAGGUGGACAUGGCCUCCCAGGUGCCUUGGUUUGAGCAGCUGGCUCACUUUAAGAUGCCCUGGACAUCUCACAAGGAUUCUUGUGAGCUGGGCCUUCAGAACCUGAGCUUCAAAGUGAGGAGCGGACAGAUGCUGGCCAUCAUAGGGAGCUCAGGCUGCGGGAGAGCCUCUUUGCUAGACGUGAUCACUGGUCGAGGCCCCGGCGGCAAGAUUAAAUCCGGCCAAAUCUGGAUCAACGGGCAGCCCAGCACGCCGCAGCUGGUGAGGAAGUAUGUGGCUCACGUGCGCCAGCAUGACCAGCUGCUCCCCAACCUGACCGUCCGCGAGACCUUGGCAUUUGUUGCCCAGUUGCGCCUGCCCAGAACCUUCUCCCAGGCCCAGCGUGACAAAAGGGUGGACGACGUGAUCGCAGAGCUGCGGCUGCGGCAAUGCGCCAAUACGCGCGUGGGCAACACCUACAUACGGGGCGUGUCGGGGGGCGAGCGGCGCAGGGUCACCAUCGCGGUGCAGCUGCUGUGGAACCCAGGAAUCCUCAUUCUGGAUGAACCCACGUCUGGGCUGGACAGCUUCACUGCCCACAACCUGGUGAAAACCCUAUCCAGGCUGGCCAAAGGCAACAGGCUGGUGCUCAUCUCCAUCCACCAGCCCCGCUCCGACAUCUUCAGGCUCUUUGACUUGGUCCUCCUGAUGACGUCUGGCACCACCAUCUACUUGGGGGCAGCCCAGCACAUGGUCCAGUAUUUCACCUCGGCCGGCCACCCCUGUCCUCGCUACAGCAACCCUGCUGACUUCUAUGUGGACUUGACCAGCAUCGACAGGCGAAGCCGAGAGCAGGAAGUGGCCACCAGGGAGAAGGCUCAGUCACUUGCGGCCUUGUUUCAAGAAAAAGUGCGUGGCUUUGAUGACUUUCUAUGGACGGCGGAGCCAAGGGCACAGGGUGUGAGCCCUUGCAUGCAGAGCUCGGCUUCCCGGAGUGACACCGACACCUUCCAGAUCCCCACCAAGCUCCCACCCAUACUGCAGUUUGCCACACUGAUCCGUCGUCAGAUUUCCAAUGACUUCCGAGACCUGCCGACCCUCCUCAUCCACGGGGCGGAGGCCUGCCUGAUGUCUCUGAUCAUCGGCUUCCUCUACUACGGCUACGGGGCCAUCAAGCUGUCCUUCAUGGACAUGUCGGCCCUCUUGUUCAUGAUCGGAGCGCUCGUCCCUUUCAAUGUGAUCCUGGAUGUCAUCUCCAAAUGCCACUCGGAGAGGGCGUUGCUUUACCACGAACUAGAAGAUGGGCUGUACACUGCUGGGCCGUAUUUCUUUGCCAAGAUCCUGGGGGGGCUUCCUGAGCACUGUGUCUACAUCAUCAUCUACGGGAUGCCCACCUACUUGCUGACGGACCUGCGCCCAGGCCUCGAGCCCUUCCUGCUGCACUUCAUGCUGGUGUGGCUGGUGGUCUUCUGCUGCAGGAUGAUGGCCCUGGCCACUGCCGCCCUGCUCCCCACCUUCCACAUGUCCUCCUUCUUCGGCAAUGCCCUCUACAACUCCUUCUACCUCACCGGGGGCUUCAUGAUAAGCUUGGACAACCUGUGGAUAGUGCCCGCGCUGAUUUCCAAGGUGUCCUUCCUCCGAUGGUGCUUUGAAGGGUUGAUGAAGAUCCAGUUGGGUGGGCUCACUUACCACAUGGCAGCUGGCAACCUCACCAUCCCUAUCCCAGGAGACGUAAUCCUCAAUGCCAUGGGCCUGAACUCCUACCCGCUCUACGCCAUCUACUUGAUUGUCAUCGGCAUCAGUGGUGGCUUCAUGGUCCUGUACUAUAUAUCCUUAAGGUUCAUCAAACAGAAAUCUACUCAAGACUGGUGAUUCAAGCCCAGACUCCUGCCGACCCGGUGGCGGACCCAAGCAGGCCCUUCAAACUGCAUGUUCUUCCUCCCAAGGAGUCCCUUCCCGGGGAACCAGGAUGACCUGAGAACAGGAAGCUCAGCCACCUCUGGCCCACGGUGCUGCAUUGGCACAGGCUGGCCACAGGAUGGCAGUAGAAUAAAGACAGUCAAAAGGGAUUUCUGAUCACCCGCCGGGGCUCGCGAUUACUGGGAACAUGAAAAACAUACUUGGGGACGCUUACAACGCCACUAAUUUAUUUCCUUUCGCUAUGUAUUUGUAUAGGCAACUAAUACAAGAUGGGAGCAAAUUAGGUAUGAAUUGAGUAGUUCAGCUAUGUGGAAACAAUGACAUAAUAGCUAGUGGAAUACUUGGCCUCAUCUUCCAGGGUCCCCAAACUCUGUUGAGCCCCUCUCAAUACAGAAAACAACCUAAAACCUACCAGCGGGAUGCCAUCCCCUCUUUUUGUGUGGGGCCACAGGCACCAGAAGCCAAACUGAACAAUUAAAAAAGUCUUGAGCAAUUGC